GCCGUUCGGACUUGGGGGGCGAUGGGCUGGGCCCCUCUCCUGUCCCUGUCCCUGUCCCUGUCCAUGUUGAGCUGGGCCCCGGGCCUCGGCUGCCUCUGGUGCGACGCCGGGGUGGAGGCGGAGAUGAGGAUGCUGAGGAAGGAAUACCUGCCCAACCAUCUGCAGGGCCUGCCCGACAUGCGGAAAAACCUGGGCUCCCGCCUGGAGGACGCCGUCCGCGACCUGAGCAAGCUGCCCUUCAGCGAGGACACCUACAUGGGGUACAUCGAUGAACACACGCUCAAUACCGCUUCCUGGGGCUUCCUCAACGAACUGAAGCGCAUCAUCGAGAGUGAGGUCAAAGAUGGUCAGCUGGUAAACCAGCUACUCUGGCUACUUCAGGAGCAAAAGAGCGCCUUCAUCCGCCUCAUCUCGCAGUUCCAGAAGGAAGCUUUCUGCCCCAACAAGUGUGGCCGAAUGCUGCAGACCUUAAUCUGGUGCCAGAAGUGUAAGAAGCAGAAGUACCUGUGUGAAAAGCCACCCUUUUGUGGGGAGCGGUUGAUUGAAAUCCAGGAGGACGAGGAGCUGAUUCUGGACUGUGGGCUGACCUGGCAUUCUGUCUCCCAGGGCCUCACUGACUACUCCUUUUACAGGGUCUGGACCAACCGGACGGAGCAGCUGCUGGCGCGGAGCCCUGACCCUUUCCUUCGGCGGCCCCUGGUCACUAUGGAGGACGCAGGCACGUACCGCUGCACGCUGGACACUGCCAGCCGUGAGGUGGCCACGGAGAUGAGAUAUCAGGUCACAGUGACCCCAACAAGGAGGGAGGAAGAGGAAGAGGCAGGGCUGGGAUCUGCGUCCUCAGGGCCCCAGCCUCUGACGACACCCGUCCCCCAGACGCCAGCCCCCUCGCUCCCUCAGCCGGCCACCCUCCUGAGCCACUGGCUGAUAGGGCUGGUAGCAGCAGUGUCUUCUGGGCCUGCCUGCGGGGGUCCGGGAGCAAGAGGCUGGGGCCUGCGGAGCACAAGAGGACUUGGAUGCCAGCGUCCCGCCCCAGGAAAUGAAGACAAAGGAGCCCGAGGGGGAGGUGGGACCAACUCUGAACCCCCAAAUAAAGUGCAAACUCAUUGGUGCUGCUCCUGUGCCAGUCCCUCCCCUCCCUGCCCCUUGGGACCUCAAGGGUCCCAGCCCCUGGCCUCUAGCUCCCCCUCCCACUUCCUGGCAGCUCCAUCGGUGGUCCCCCGCUGA